CCAAUCUGGGCGCCAGCGGCGGCGGCUUCCUGACUCCUCCAGUGUUAAGUUUGAAGGCUGAGCUAGUGGGCCAAGGGGAGCCAUGGAAAACAUCCCUAUAGUGGGCCUGGGCACGUGGAAGGCCUCUCCAGGAGACGUGGCUGAUGCAGUGAAAGUGGCUAUCAACUUGGGGUACCGGCAUUUUGACUGUGCUUACUUAUACCACAAUGAGAGUGAGGUUGGAAUGGGAAUCAAUGCCAAGAUCCAGGAGGGUGUGGUGAAAAGAGAGGAUCUGUUUGUGGUCAGUAAGCUGUGGUGCACAUACCACAAGAAGUCUUUGGUGAAAACAGCAUGCACCAAUAGCCUGAAGGCCUUAAACUUGGAUUACCUGGACCUCUACCUCAUACAUUGGCCCAUGGGUUUCAAGCCUGGAGAAAAAGAUGUACCUUUGGAUUACAAUGGCAUGGUCAUACCCAGUAACACCAGCUUUCUGGACACAUGGGAGGCCAUGGAGGAGCUGGUGAUUGAGGGCUUGGUGAAGCACCUUGGGGUAUCAAACUUUAACCAUGAACAGCUUGAGAAACUUUUGAAUAAGCCUGGUUUGAGGUACAAGCCAAUAACUAACCAGAUUGAAUGCAACCCAUAUCUUACUCAGAAGAAUCUGAUUGAUUAUUGCCACGGGAGAAAUGUGUCUGUGACUGCUUACCGUCCUCUUGGUGGCUCGAGAGAGGGGGUUGACUUGAUGGAUGAUCCUGUUGUUCAGAAGAUUGCCAAGAAGCAUCGGAAGUCUUGUGCUCAGAUUUUGAUCCGAUUUCAGAUCCAAAGGAAAGUGAUCGUCAUUCCCAAAUCUGUCACUCCAAGCCGAAUUAGGGAGAAUAUCCAGGUAUUUGAUUUUAAAUUAACAGAAAAAGAUAUGGAGGAACUUCUCAGCCUAGACAAGAACCUCCGGUUGGCCACAUUCCCCUCAACCGAAAAUCACAAGGACUACCCUUUCCACAUCGAGUACUGAAGACAGUUUCACUUGCUGUCCUUUGUUCUCAGAUCACCAAGAUCUGUGUGGUCUCAGCCAGGAAUGACAGGGCAGAAUUAGAAGCAAGGAAAUCCUGCUUGGAGCAGAGGACCAGUUCUUAGAGCAACAUAAAGAUCUAGGGAUGAGAAAGGAAGUACCAUGAGGGCGGGGGCUAUUACCAAGUUGUUAGGGAUAGCCAAGCACACAGAGCACUGUAAUUUAUGUAGGCUGAUCCUUGUGGCUUCUAUCCUCUGAAAUGAGAUGCUGAUGGCUCAUGAAUUAAAAUUACCUGCACAUUUUAAGAAAACCUGAUUUAUAGAGGGGUUUGAGUAAUGUGUAAUAUUUGAGAAGUUAGUAUGAUAAAUAUCCACAAGUUGGCCAGUUGUGUUUUCCUUCACAUUACUCUGUGCCCUCUCAGAGUUUUCUAGAUUAUUUUCAAGCAAAAUCUACCUGCACUUAAGAGAAGGAAAGUCGUUAAACUGAGGCUCUAUCUCAGACAAAAUUUUGUUUCUGUUAUUCUUAUUUUGAAAAUGUAUGUGUGUGUGCAUCUUCACAUAUGUGUGCAGGUUCACAUGAGUGCAUGCACAUGGAGUCCUAAAGAGAAGUGAAAGAAUCUCCUUGGUCUGGGUCCCAAAGAGAGAUUUAUUGCAGACAGACGUUCGCUUCUGAUGCGAGAACCUCAUGUUUGGCUUUGUGUCAUGGAAAUUUGUGGUGGUAUUGUGUUCCCCCAAAAUAUUGUGCACCCUAAUAAAC